AUGGAGACAAUCCAACCAAGUGUUCCCAAGUACUUGCAAAAUUUUGAAGUGUCCAAAGAGUGCAAUGAUCUGAUUUCCUCCUUGCCCAAAGAUAGAGGAUGGGCUGUACCCAUCAUGUACCAAUACCAAGGUUUUUGGCAUCAUACUUGGCAGCUCCAAGGAGUUCUAGCAUUUCAAAAACAUUUUCUUGCACAAGACACUGAUAUUCUUCUCGUUACAGCUCCAAAAUCUGGCACCACCUGGUUAAAGGCAAUUUCUUUUGCUAUCAUAAACCGAAUUCAAUAUCCUAUCGCUUCCAAAGACCACCCUUUACUCAAAAACAAUUCCCAUGUAGUUGUGCCUUUUGUGGAACAGGUCUAUGCUGAUGAUAACUCUAAUCCCGACUUCUCUGAGACACCUCCUAGACUCUUUGCCACUCAUGUGCCUUAUGUUUCACUACCUGAAUCCAUCCACAAUUCCAAGGUGAAGAUCGUUUAUAUGUGCCGAAACCCAAAAGACUUAUUUAUUUCUGCUUUUCACUUUACAAACAAGUUGAGGCCCCAACAUAUGGGGACCAAUUCCAUGGAAGAGAUGUUUGAUUUGUUCUGUAAAGGAGUGUUCCUAUAUGGGCCCUAUUGGGACCAUGUGCUCGAAUUUUGGAAUGAGUCUCUAAAGAAGCUUAAAAAAGUGUUGUUUUUGAAGUACAAGGAGAUGAAAGAGCAGCCAACUACUCAAGUAAGAAAAUUAGCAGAGUUUUAUGGUUGUCCAUUUACACUAGAGGAAGAGAAGGAGGGGAUUGUGGAUGCUAUCUUAGGUUUGUGUAGCUUUGAAAGUUUGAGUAAUAUGGAGGUGAAUAAAAAAGGAUAUUUGCCGACCGGUGAGAUGAAGGAGGCGUACUUCCGGAAAGGUGAGGUCGGGGACUGGAAGAAUCAUUUGACAGUGGAGAUGGCGGAAAAACUAGACAUCAUCAUUGAAUGCAAGUUUCAAGGAUCAGGAUUAAAAUUUUAA